AUGAAAAAUUUAUUAAAUACAUAUAAAGAGGAUAAAAAAAAUAAUUUUAAAUACUUAUUAAAGUAUAAAAAUUUUAAUAUCGAUUGCUCAAAGUUAAUUUAUAAUAAUUCAGAGUGGAUAAAUUAUGCAAAACAAAAUCGUUUAUUAUAUUAUAAUUCAACUAUAAAUACAAAAUGUUCUGAAAUUUAUAAAAGAGGAUUUGGUACUGUAAAUGGUACUAGUAAUAUUGAAAAGAAAUAUUCACUUGCAUAUGCAAGAAAUAUUUAUAAUAAUUAUGAAAUUGUUGAACUUUUAUUAUUAGCACAAUACUCUAAAAAUAAUCAUUAUUGUUAUGCUGUUGAUUCAAAAUAUCCUGAUCUUUAUAAAAAAAUGAUUCAAUUAGAAAAAUGUCUUCCAAAUGUUUAUGUAACAAAAAAACAAUUUGAUUUUCAAAGUAAUGGUAAAUUUACAAGUAUUGGUCAUUAUGAAUGUAUGAAAUUAUUAUUAAAAAAAAAAUGGGAUUAUAUGUUUCUUCUUCAAAUGGAUGAUAUUGUAAUAAAAACAAAUCGUCAAAUACUAGAAAUUUUAGAAGCUAUUAAUUUUUCUUUAGAUAUGGCUUUUACCAAUGAAAAAUUAGCAAUAAAAAAAAGAGUUAACUUUACUUUAACAUGGACUUAUAAAGAUUUAAAUAUAUUUCUAAAAGAUGAUAUAAGAAGAAAUAAUCAUGAAAUUAUUAAUAAAAGUAUUAUUUUUUAUAAAGGACUUGUUCCAUCUGGUAUGAAACGUGAAACAAUAAAUUAUAUUGUUAAUAAGAUUAAUAUAACAACAUAUUUGAAUCAAUUAAAUAGUGAUUUAUAUGGCCAUGAUGAAUUGACAUGGCAAACAUUGUUAACAGAUGAUAUAUUAAAUAUUCCUAAAAAUAUUCCAAAAAAAUGUGUUUUUAUCUAUUAUCCUCGUAGUACAUAUUUAUCAAGAAAAGUUAUUUGGGGUAAAAGUAAAUGUUCUACAAAUAUGAUUUAUCAUACAAUUUGUACAUGGGGUGUAGAGUCACUAAAAAAUAUAAACAAGUAUACUGAAAUACAUGGAUAUAGAUUUAAAGAUAGUCAAGAUUAUGGAGCGUUAAAGUGUUGGGUAAAUUAUAUGUACCAAAGGAAUAAUUUUCUGAAUCAUGAAAAUCCAAAUUUAUGGUAUUAUUAUAACUUACCACAAAGUGUUUUUGAAAGAAAGCGACAAAGUAAUGAUUAUGAAUCAAUUAAUUUAUGUAAAUUAUAG